GACGGUGUGCUUACACAAUGACACUUUCCGUCACUUAAGCCUGCGAGUUGUACCCGCGUCCCCCCAAAACCCAAACAAAUCUUCACCGCCUUUAUUUCAAGUCCGGGCGAGCGUUUCAAGAUUUUAAUAUCUCGCUCGACAUCGUUUACUGUGCCGGAUUGGAAAGAAGACGUUGUUUCCGAGAUAAGUACAUGCUGUACUUCCUGUCGUGAGCUCGAUCUGAAGAGAGAGAGGCCCAGCGGCGCUUCCCCCCUAAAAAAAAAGUUUGUUGUUGUCACGUGACGGGAGACGAAUGUGGCGUUAAAAGUUGAGUUUGGACAGUAAAACUAGCUCGGCCUGCUACACGUGUGAUCGAUCACUUCUCCGACGAUGCCUCAGCCCAAGUGCAGAAAGAUUGCUGUGAUCGGUUACAGGUCUGUGGGAAAGUCAUCUCUUACUAUACAGUUUGUGGAAGGACAGUUUGUCGACUCCUAUGAUCCCACCAUUGAAAAUACGUUCAAUAAAAUGGUCUGCGUCAACGGUCAAGACUUCAACCUUCAGCUGGUCGACACAGCCGGACAAGACGAAUACUCCAUUUUCCCACAGUCCCACUCAAUGGACAUCCACGGAUAUGUCCUUGUUUAUGCUGUGACAUCCAUGAAAAGUUUUGAGGUUGUUCAGGUUCUACACGACAAGCUGCUCGACAUGGUUGGCAAGAUUCAAGUUCCAACCGUUCUUGUUGGCAACAAAAAAGAUCUUCACAUGGAAAGGGUCAUUAAGCCGGAGGAGGGGAAGAAGCUGGCGGAUUCCUGGGGUGCUGCUUUCAUGGAAUCCUCAGCCAAGGAGAAUGAGACUGCCGUGGAGCUUUUCAAGCAAAUCAUACUGGAGAUGGAGAAAGCCGACGGGAACGCGCCGCCAGAGGAGAAGAAGUGUGCCGUGAUGUAAAGGUGCAUUCGGUACACGGGUAAAGUCGCUCGGCUGAAGGCAGGAGGCGCAGCUUCACCAGCUUGCCAGUGGCGACCCCCGCCUCCGACGGCGGCACGAUGCAGCAGCGAUACCAUCUCCAUUUGUUCCAAACGAUUCCAUUAAUGAUAACUCUAAGAAGAAGCUGUUUGAGGCAGAGAAGCACCUUUUUGUUCUUUUGAUUAUUUCAAGCGGGCAUCAAUUUAGCCAAAUGCAAAGAAAACAAACUUGCCAAACAGGGAGCCUAUCCGCAUAUCAUGCUCAUAGCUUUGGGGUGCUGGAGUGGGUGUGUAAAGUCACAUUACAGUCGCCCCUCGCCACGUGGCGCUUCCAACAUCACCCCCCUCACGUUUUUCACCACUGUUCAACAGUUAAUUCAUUGAUAAAUGAUCGCUGCUUCCUGGUUGACUACGGCAUACUUUGACUCUAAAUAUAUAUGCAUAUUUAAGCAUAUUUUAUGAUCUUGUUUGCCCACAUGAAGCAUUUGCAGGAAUAGCCAUGGCUAAAUGAAGUAAAAUACAAAUACAGUACAAGCCAUUAACGCCGCCAUUCAACUUGUCAGUGUAGUAUUCUACACUAGUCACUAGGUGGAGGUCAUUGUUGGUCGAGACAAGCACCAGACUUGAUCAACAACAGCUUUACAUCAUCACACAACAGGCACCAUAAGACUACCGAGGGGUGCACGUUAAUUAUCGGGCCGAUGCAUCCGAUAACAUGGAAAAUAGCUCUGAUUACCGAUCAUUCAGAAUCAAGCGCUCCUUUUAUUUCCUUCUGCCUGUGACGUUAACGCGGUGGUUCUCCAUUUUUUUCUGUCAUGCUACGGUGACAAAACAGAACUGUUUCUGCUCCUUUACAAGGUCAACUGGCUUAUUUUCUUUGAUUCGAUCUACUCUACUGGCUAAUAUGGAUGUAAAGGUGACUAUAGGGGUGUUAUUUCAUGUCUAGAGGGCUCUAACAUAUUUAGAGGAUUGUAAACAGGAUUUUUACGCCGCAACUAGGAAACUAUUACAUUUAUAGAGAAGAUUUAUGGUGGUCGGGUGUGGAAGUAAUGGACCGCCAUAGACGAGGGACGACUGUACAGUACGGGGAACGUGAUGCUCCGUACGCCACAAUGGUGGAUGUGCCUUCAUGAAACACGCACUGCAAUGUUUAUCACACGCCUUCCACCAUGGACUCUCACGCUAUUUAUGCUGUCCCUCACUCGUGUUUGAGCUUUUGUGCCGAGCAGAGGACACACCCCUUCCUUCCAUCAGUCCUGCAGCUGUUACGGAGCCCGCAGAUAACCGGAGUGUAGAUUAGAAACCAUCCUAGAUCCUUGCCACUUACUGUAUUUUACUGAGUAAUAGAGUAGAGUUUGCUGUUUUUUGAGUGGUGCAGGCGUGCGCUCCCGCCAUUGGUAUGGAGACACGUGCAUUCUUCACACAUUUUUUGAGAUUGUGGUCAUGAUUUGAAAGGACGUCACGCGUACACAAAAAUAUCAACUUUGGAUUGAAUGAUCACUGCCAGACACCGUAAGAGCCGAUUGGCCCCUGGCUCUUGUGGCCUUAAAAGACGCACGUCUGUGGACUAUAAUCACAUGAUUGAUAUUUUCCCCUCCCCCCAUAUAGUUGCUAAUGAUUGCUUUUAUCAAGUGCUUUGUUGAGUAAGUAGUUAAUGACGACGAAAGACGUACGGAGGCUGGUGAUGCUGUGUCUUGUGCCUUACAGAUGUUCAAAAGUCGCCCCAAACCGCUUCCCUCCAUGACCAAAGGUGCUCUUAAAGGGUUUCUACUUCUGUCUGUUAGCGUGGUCCCAUUGGGCGGCGCCGGCGUUUACGCAACACCGACACGCCCACGGUGGUCUGCGUUCAUUCAGAAAUCUUGCUGUAAACAGUUUGUAUAUAAAAUCUGUUACUCAAUUGAUGUCGUGUUGUGUUUUUGUUACUCGA